CUAACGAAACGGGAAAUAGAGGAGAAAUAGAAGACACUACUACUCGUCUCUUUUGGAAACACCGUUCAUUUCAUAAGCUCAUUGUUGUAAUCUGUUUUUUUUUUGGUUCUAAUGUUUCGUUCUUUAUAAGCUUUCUUUUUUGUUCUAAAUCCGUCAUAUUGGCUAUAAAAACUACGUUACGUAUACGAAAUCUUAAUGGACGAUACUUCUCUUGCCUCGUUUAAGACGCUGGAUAAUGAUGAAAACCCUGGUUUUGAUGUUGAGCCACGUCUCAGAUGCAUAACUUGUGAAAAGUUGCUUUCUGAAGGUGUUUUUCUUACUGUAAAUAAUAACUUUUACCACGGUAACUGUUUCCGUUGCGAGAAAUGCGGAAAGACACUUGCCGUGCGUGAUGCAGUCGCCUUCACAAACAGUAAUCAACCUAUCUGUAAGGAUUGUGUAGAAGUGUGUAAGGCUUGUAAAAGUCCUAUUCUUGACAUGGCCAUUAUUACUGGCAUGGACGCAUAUCACUCUACGUGCUUCUUUUGCAGCAGCUGUAACACAAAAAUCACCGAAGCGAUCUUUGCCCGCCGUAAUAACCAACUUUUUUGUAUGAAAUGUCUACAGAUCACGGAUGCUGUGACAAGUCCCACCACGCGAGGUCAUUCUCGCAGUGUUUCCGGUGCCUCCUUUUUCAAAGCAUCUUCCAAUAACUGCAACCGCUACUCCUACCUGUCCUCACCCGUUCCGAAGCUUGGUGCUGAGCUCAGUUUGUCGGCUGCAGCUGCUACGUUUGCACAACGCGUCGUCUCGCCGAUUGACAUGAAUCAAAAUACCAUUGCUGAACGUCUUGCUGUCCCCGAUGUAUCCAGCAUUUCCGCAUCCACCCCUGUUGACCCGUCCCUUCCUUUGGGUUCCAAUUCCGCAAAACCAGCUUUGCGUUUGUAUACCUCCAACCCCAUUAUAGCAUCAUCGACUGAGAACUCUAAUGUGAUACCCGAAGUUGUUCAACUUUCUGAUGGCAGUGAUUUGAGCAAUAAUGAGUCGUCUGGCACCGCCUUUAGUGCACCGAACUCUGUAGCUACGAAACAUGCAUCUUUGCACGUUCCCUUAGUUGCCGCUCAAGUGAACGAUAAGGAGAAUGAAGCUGCAGUGCACACGCCCAUAACCUCUCCUGUCUCUGUAACCUAUAGUCCAAAGGACCAUAUUACGCUUGCCCAAGAAAAGCAGGGAUCUAUAGCGGCAGCGGCAGCGCAGUUGCCAGCGGGUUCUGCUACGGCAAACUCGAGCGCACGUCGCCCUGUCCAAAUACCCCGUUCUGUGCCCACCACGCCUGAACACCUCAGAGAUUCUUUAAACCGUCUUCGAAGUGUUUCCAAUACCUCCACUGGUAGUAAUGUUUUGGGUGAUAACAAUUUCAGACGCGUUUCUUCCGAGGUUUCGCAACCUCAUAUACCCAAAUCCGUGAAUGCUGUCGAGGAUCCCGUCCAAUGCACUUCCCCCGUCAAUGAGCCCCGUACAAGCACUUCCACUGUACACUCCAUCACGCCUACCGGUGCUAGAAAAGUUGCCGGUGAAGCAAUUGCCUCGAAGCCCAGGGUCCCCUCAAACUCGCCUUUCAAUUCCGCCGCUUACCGAGCUAAAAGCCUUUCAUUUAUCCAGGAUCCCGCGGAACGUGAGCUGUAUGCUGGCCAAGGUGAUGUUUCGAACAGUUCGCUUGUUCGCCUGAGUGGAAUCUUUUCUUCAAAUGUUUUUGAUGAGACGGAAAAUGAUGCCAGGGAUUUGGUCUCAAAGAUGGCAGGCUUGCAUGUUCAGCGUGCAGUUUUAUUGAUGGAGAUUUCGUCGUUGUUGAGAAUGAAGGAUCGCUCACCAGCGCUUACUCCAAAUCGCUUUAAGCAAGAAUUUAUUGCUGAUGUUAAUCGUGGUCUGGAUUCCUUGCGCAAGUCGUUCCAACCAGAGUUGGCGUCCUUGCUUUUGAAAAGAGAUGCGCUUUCCGCGACUGUGGAAAAGCUGCAAAAUGCCUAUAGUGCCUCUAUGGAAGAGACAGCAUAUUUGAAUGUUAAGAAUGCGGAAUUACUAGGCAUUAACAACCAAUUAGAGAGAGAAAUUGCUUCUAAGAAAGAAGAGUACUCAAAGAAACGUCAAUCAACGUUUGGUUUUUCGAGACAUUUUCGAAACAGACACUCUACCACUGACAAGGACGAAGUUACGAGCUCAAGCUCACGCGAGUCUCAUUCUCGUCUGCAGCAAGUUGCAUCAAGUCUUGGGUUCCGGCCUCGUGAAAAGUAUAACCCGAGCGAAUCACCUCAGCAACAACCGGCUAAUUUGGAACAUAAAGGCAGUUUCUCUAGACGGUUUUUGUGGCGCCGUGACUCAAAACAUCCUUCCUCAAAAGCAAAGAAUCGUGCAAGUAGUGUAAUGAGCUUUUCUGAUUUGAAGAUUACGGAGGAAGAUGAGAUUCCAUCAUUUGGAAUGUGCAAACUUUGUGGGAAUUAUUCAAAGAACCUGCCUCGCCAUUACCAGGACUGUUUAAGUCAGGCAAUGGAUGGACAGUAUCAGGCGCAACGCCAAGUCCAGGUCAACCCAUUGGUUGAGACGAGUAGUUUCGAUCCGCAACGAUACACGCUGACUCGAGUCCCUCAUUUAAUUACGGCGUGUAUAGGCUUUGUUGAGAAGUAUGGUCUUGAUUAUGAGGGUCUGUAUCGAAAAUCAGGAGCUACUUCGCAAAUGAAACGAAUUGUAUCUUUACUUGAGAACGGAAAUACGGAGCUUGGUCCAAAUGAAGACAUAUCCGCUGUUACUUCUGUACUUAAACAGUAUUUGCGCAACCUUCCGAAUCCCAUAAUCACCUUCGACCAGUAUUACCCACUAAUUGAAGCAAGCGGUAUAAGAAAACCGGCUGAAAAGCUGAUUGGAAUUAAGCGAGUUAUCUCUAAUCUCCCGUCUAUCCACGGCCAAGUUUUACGCCUAAUUAUGUUCCACCUUGCAAAUGUUGUCAAGAUGAGUCACUUAAACUUGAUGAACUCUAAGAACUUGGCUGUUGUGUUUUCUCCUACACUCAUCCGAGAUCCUGAUAAUUCUCGAGACGUUUUGGAUAUGGCAAUGAAGAAUUUGUGUCUGCAUUUUAUGAUUGACCACGUUGAGGAGCUUUUCUGAUAAUCUUAACCCCAAUCAUAAGAAACAUAUGAUGUUAUGUUUCCUUACUAUGACUCUAGAUAGGUAUGAUUGACGUUCGAGGAGUUAUCAGAACUGUGUUUUCUAUUUAUUUUUUAAAAAAAAGAACAUCUGUACCACUGAAAGAAAACGAAUGGAAUGACAAGGAGCACCAAACAUAAUAUGGAAUACUAUAAUCCAAGCGCUUUAGGCGCUUAGAGGUCUACGUUCUUCAAAGUAAAUCCCUUUCGCUUCAUCUUUUUGCAUAGUGUUGAUUUUCCGUUUGACGACCUUUAAUAGAAAAUGCACUUAGAAUUUGGAAUGAAAAAAUAUAACUAGUUUGACUAAAUAAUGUGUGAUUAAUGUUUGUUUAACUAUUUUUACAACAAUGUA